AUGUCGUCUGCACCGGAUACACAAAUGGCAACAAACAUGACAACACCAUGUGAAACAACAAUAAAUUCAUCUGAAGUUCCAAUAGAAUGUCCGAUAAAAAAAUUUGAUUUAAAAAUACUUCGAGAUUCUUUUGUUAAUUGUGUUGGACCCGACAAUACACUUCUACUUAGUGAAUAUGCUCGUGCUUAUGAAGAAUUAUGCACGUAA